GUUCAAGUCAGCAUCUGGAAUCUUCGUGAAUCUCUUCACCGUCCUCAAGGCUCAUCUGCAUCCCGUUGUAGCUUGUUCAAUUUGCGACGGCGCGAUCCCAGUUAACUGCAGUUUGUUUACUUGAUUGGUGUCGGCGUUUCCCUCUCAGUUCAGGCAGUGCUGCAAAAACACGAUCAAGGAUGUCACGGGGACGGGGUGACCACGGCAAACGACAUCUUCAACAAUGACGCUCACCCUAAUUCAUGCCGCGGCACUUCUCCCACUUACAAACGCUGGCUGGAUUCGGGAGCAGACAAGAUAUACGGGUUCAGUGUCGUCCGGUGAAAACACAGUUCCGGGCUUACGUUGUCAAAAUCGGCGGACUUUCGUCUUGAAACCCCUUCAUCACACCCGCCUUUAUCAGAAGUAUCUGGCGCGGUUGAAGAGUGGACCCUGGGUCCCUGAGCAUGCGUAUGGCAUAACUCGAGGAGCUAGAGCCUAGAGACCCAUUACAAAACCUUUAUUGUAAGUGACUUAGCUUUUGUAAAGAGUUGAUUGCGCCCGGAUUUAUAGAUUGAGUAAGUUAUUGUGGAAAUUGCUUAAGCUCCAAGAGGAACUGAACGGGGCCCGUGACGGCGUUUGCCUAUUCCUGAAGUUCUCUGAUCCCUGAAUCAUUGCAUGAACAUUUUUUUUCAUCUUCCGAUUGUCUGUUGCUGAUUGAACAUUAAUCUCCAUG